AUGUUUUCUUUUUUCCGUCGUUCCGCCCCUUCUUCACAGUCACGCUUACAAAAAUGGGGACGUCGUUUCUUUAUAACGGCAGGAGUAUUAACAGCUGGGUACAUCACUGCUGACUACUCUACCGCCAACUCCCUCACCCGCUCUUUACGAGCAGUAAAGGGAACGAUAUAUGUUUCUUAUCUUUACAAGACAACUGUACCAACAACUCCUGAAGAAUUCUCUAAUCUACAUCGUCAAGUAGCAGAAGUUAUUCUUGAUGUUUGUUUAAAGAAUGAAGGACUUUAUACAAAAAUGGGUCAAGGACUGAAUGCGAUGAAUCAUAUUCUACCAGUAGAAUAUAUGGAUGUACUCAAAGUUCUACUAGAUAAGACGAGAGUUGUUCCAUUAGAAGAUAUUAAACGUAUUAUUCAUGAAGAAACAGGGAAAACGGUGGAGGAUAUAUUUUCUCAUUUUGAACCUGAGCCCGUUGCCUCUGCCUCUAUUGCCCAAGUCCAUCGUGCCUGGUUACGUCCAACAAGAAAAGAUGAACCUCCAGUGGAAGUGGCAGUGAAAGUUCAGAAACCACAAAUACGUUAUCAAGUCUUUUGGGAUUUGGAAACUUAUCGUUUCAUUACAUGGACAAUCAGUACACUCUUUGGAUUACCAAUGGAUUGGGUUCGACAAACCGUAGCGGAGGGAACUCGUCGAGAAAUUAAUUUUUCUAUUGAGGCAAAUAACGCUAAGCGUAUUCGACAAGAUUUUGCUCAUAAUAUAAAUGUGUAUGUUCCAAAAGUAUAUGAUGAAUACGCUACUUCACGUUUACUAGUGAUGGAAUGGGUAGAUGGAGUUAAACUGAUUGAUGUAAAGACUAUUCGAGAACAAUUUAAUGCGACGAUGGUAUUAAAGAAUAUUUUCGAUGCCUUUGGAAGUAUGAUUUUUCAAUAUGGUUUCGUUCAUUGUGAUCCUCAUGGGGCUAAUAUUCUAGUUCGCCCUAUCCCAACAACAACAACAACAACAACAAAAGCAAAAACAAAUACAAAUACAUCUGAUGAAAAGAAAUUAUCUAAUAAAAUAUGUAAAAACCCACAAAUUGUUCUCUUAGAUUUUGGCCUUUGUUGUCCAGAAACAGAAAAGUUUCGUAUGGAAUAUGCCUUGUUGUUUAAAUCUAUGGUUUCGCAGGAUUUACACACGGUUGAGCGAGUUGUAGGUUCAUGGGGUAUCACAGAUGCGGAGGUGUUUGCAUCUAUACAAUUACAAAAACCAUACGAAUCCUUCCGUCGUGGUAAUCGUGGAGAAGUAACAAUGGAUGAAGUUUGUGAAAUGCAAAUAAACGCACGGGAACGCACAAAGACACUUUUAAAAAGUCAAGAACGAGUACCACGAGAAUUACCAUUAGUAGGUCGAAGUAUUGAUAUUCUUCGUGGAUUAAAUAGACUCUAUGGAGCUCCUAUUAAUCGGGUAAAUAUGUUUGUUAGGCAGGCGGUGGCUGGAUUAGGUCCUAUUAAUACGUAUGAAGAAGUACAACUUUAUCUUGUAGAAUUAGAUCGUCAUUCUCAUACACAAUCAUCAUCAUCAUCAUCAUCAUCUGCAGUUACAACAGCACAAUCAUUGUUUGAUACGGAAGCUGAAAUACGAUUUCAUCAAGAAACCGCAGCCUCUAUUCAUCUUCGACGUAUACGAGAAGCUUCUCUGCCAAAACGAAUUAAUGAUACUACUAUAUCUCUUUAUAGAGGAAUGGUAUUUGAAUUCGUAUUAUUUUUCUUAAAUAUGCAGCAUAUGGUUAUGCAUUGGUAUAAUACUCUUUGGAGGCUCAUUAUACCUAGAGGAUCUAUGGAAACACCGGAUGGCGAUUCUAUGGAGGAAUUACUGCAGAAACGACAACUACGAUUUAUCUCUAGACCAUCUACUUCUAAGAGAGAGGCAUGA